AUGUCGUCCGGCACCACGCCAAUCAUUCCAGAUUUGAAGGGGAAGCGAGUGCUGGUCACUGGUGGAUCUGCAGGUAUAGGAAAGGCAGCAGCAAGCGCAUUUGAUGCAAACGGCUGCUCUGUAGCUGUGCUUGGCCGAACCCUUCAGCGUCUAGACGCAGUGGCAAAACAGCUGAAGCAUGGGGUGCCCAUCGUGGCAGAUUUGACAAAGAAGGAGGACUUGGAACGCGCCGUAGCAGAAGCCAUUGAGAAGUUGGGAGGCCUGGACAUCUUGGUAAAUAAUGGCGGGGAUGGAACAAGGGAGAUUGAUGGCAUGGAUGAGGCUGCCUUCAUCUCUUUCUUCAAGCUUCACGUAACAAGUCAUCUGACACUCAUCAAGGCAGCAGAAGAGGAGCUGAUCAAGAACAAGGGUACUGUUGUCAACAUCUCUUCAGUCAUGGCCACAAUACCGGCGGAAGAGGACAUGGCCUAUGGUGUUGCCAAGGCAGCCCAGGACAAGCUCACAAGGGACCUUGCAUUUGAGUUUGCCCCCAAAGGGGUGCGCAUCAACUCCAUCUUGCCAGGGGUGAUCAAUACCGAGGCGCAGGAGGGCAAUGCCAAGGCAAUGGGCAUGGCCAAGACAGACCUUCUAGCAAAGUUUGCACCUCUCCACGCAAUGGGCCGUGUAGGUGAGCCGCAUGAGGUGGCUGCUGCAAUAGUGUUUCUGGCGUCCAGCGCUGCUUCCUUCAUCACCGGUGUCAAUCUGCCUGUGGACGGUGGCGCCACCCUCGGGUACUGGUUCAACAAGAAUCCCUCUCUGGAGUGA